CCGUAUCUCUUUAAACGGGAGCGCGCAGGGAAGGGAGCCCAGCCGGCGGAGAGCUGGACGGAGACUUCAGGAUGGAGCCGUCCCAGCCUCUGCAACGGCUCCCGGGGUCUCCCAGGCUGCAGAUCCUCCACCUCCUCCCGCUGCUGCUGCUGCUGCCUGAAGGAUGCUGGGCCAAGUACGUGAAAGGCAACCUUAGCACCAAGGAGGAUUGGGUCUUUUUGACUAGAUUCUGCUUCUUUUCUGACUAUGGACGACUGGAUUUCCAGUUUCGCUACCCUGAGAAUAAGUGUUGUGAGAACAUCCUUCUUUAUUUUGAUGACCCUUCGCAGUGGCCGGCUGUUUACAAAAAGGGAAAUAAGGAUUGUUUGAUGAAAGAAUCGGUCAUCCGCCCAGAAAACAAUCAAGUUAUCAACCUGACAACCCAAUAUGCCUGGUCUGGAUGCAAGCUGGUGACCGAAAAUUCAAUCCGGUAUCUGAGUUGCACAAGCGGCAGGAGUUUCCGUUCCGUCCGGGAGCGCUGGUGGUAUGUGGUCCUCAGCAAAUGUGGGGGUGAUGGCUUGGAACUGGAAUACGAGAUGAUUUUGACGAAUGGCAAAUCGUUCUGGACACGUCACUUUUCUGCCGAUGAAUUUGGUAUCCUGGAAACUGACAUCACUUUCUUGCUCAUAUUCAUCCUGAUCCUCAUCAUUUCUUGCUACUUUGGCUAUUUGUUGAAAGGUCGGCAACUUCUGCACACGACAUACAAGAUGUUCAUGACAGCUGCUGGAGUAGAGGUGCUCAGCCUGAUGUUCUUCUGCAUAUACUGGGGCCAGUAUGCAAGUGAUGGUAUUGGAAACAAUAGUCUUAAGAUCCUGGCCAAGCUCCUUUUUUCCGUCAGUUUCUUGAUAUUCCUCUUGAUGCUCAUCCUCUUGGGAAAAGGAUUCACAGUUACCAGGGGUCGGAUCAGCCACACGGGCUCCAUCAAGCUCUCGGUGUACAUGACGCUCUACACUAUCACCCAUGUUGUGCUGUUUAUCUACGAGGCUGAGUUCUUUGAUCAGGCACAAGUCCUCUACACCUAUGAAUCACCAGCUGGAUAUGGCUUGAUUGCCUUGCAAUUUGUGGCUUACAUCUGGUUCUGCUAUGCCAUCCUCAUCACACUCAAGCAGUUCCCGGAGAAACAGCCGUUCUACGUGCCAUUCUUUGCUGCUUAUACCCUCUGGUUCUUUGCUGUCCCAGUUACUGCACUUAUCGCUAACUUUGGUAUACCAAAGUGGGCCCGAGAGAAAAUAGUCAACGGUAUCCAGCUGGGGAUUCAUCUCUACGCUCAUGCCGUUUUCCUGAUUAUGACCAGGCCCUCAGCGGCUAAUAAGAACUUCCCAUACCACGUGCGGACGUCACAGAUCGGGAUCGUUGAGGAAGCUGCAACAGGGGCCAAAUUUCCGCAUCACGUCUACGGCAACGUGACUUUCAUCAGCGACUCAGUGCCCAACUUCACAGAGCUGUUCUCCAUCCCCCAGAGUACAGGAAGCAACACCAGCAAUACCCGCAAACAAAUGGAAGACACCUCUUCUGCGGAUCGUAGCCUGACCUCCAACUGCGUGGUCACCACCUCUGAGCUCAGCGGUGCCCCUGUGCUGUUGAAGCCAUCUCUGGGGAGUGAGACUCAGCCUCCGCCCUACCAACUCCACGCGCCCCAACUACACCAACACAACGGCUACACCGAGUAUUUUAGCAUGCAUACAACUGGCGCCCGGCCCGUGUAAAAGUCUCUUGACUCUCCUUCUGGCUAGGUUGAUUCCUAUCGCGACAUUUUCUGGGGCUCCUUCUCUCAGACAGCGGCGCCCCCCAUCCUGGGUUUCUCUCCUGGGGCCCCCUUUCCCCUGUGGCAUCAUUCCCUUUUGUCCAGCCGUGUCUUCUUGGGAUCAGGAAGCCAGGGAGACAGAAUAGGCUGGGUGGGUUCAGCCCUGUUCCCCUCACCAUCUCCUGGCUCCUUCGCUAUGACUCAGUUAGUCUAUACCAGUCCUUCCCCAUGGGACCGUCUUAAGCUUUCCCACCCCUUCUGGGGCUGCUUCUGGGAGGGGAAGCCAAGCAUUGAAUGAACAUUGGUGGAGACGCUCUUCCAAUCCACUCAAAGCAGGACUGGGCAACGGUGGGCACUUUACGACCUGUGGACUUCAACUCCCAGAAUUCCUCAGCCAGCACGGCUGCCUCAGGCACUCUAGGCGUUGAAGUCCACAGGUGGUAAACGUAGAGCGACAGGCCCAUCUUCGGCUGACUUUUCCCUGUGGACCAGCGUUUCUCAACUUUGGCACCUUGGUGAUGGGUGGACUUCAACUCCCAGAAUUCCCCAGUCAGCAAGACUGGCUGGAGAAUUCUGGGAGCUGAAGUCCACAAGUCUUUAAAAGUUGCCAAGGUUGAGAAACAAGAUCAAGAUCACUGUAGUUUUCCCCAGCGGCCAUUGUGAUUCAGUGGUUUUCCUGUCUGGAUCCCACAAGAGGAACCACAAAGCAAGCUAGGCCAGAUUCGCCUUGUAAUUAUAUCUCCAUGUUACAUGACACCAUAUUAACAUCUUUUGGACCACCUUUUUUUCUUUCUGCUUACCUUGUGAAGAUAGUUUGAAUCUUCUAGGUCCCUCUGUUCUGGUUCCCCAGGGUAGUUAACGUUGCCCUUGUUAGUUCCUAGGAACCAAGCUACAGUAAGAUGGUAAGAUGAGCAGCCAAUACAUUUGAUAAAUAAACAAACAAAAUAAAA